GGGGGCGAGGCCCCGAGCCGACCCGGAGCGAACUGAGCAAGCGAAGUAGCUGCGCCUGGAGUCAAUUUUCUCUGGUACCAAAAACGCUGUGGGGGGGAACCCAAGGGAGGAGCGGGCUGAGGCGUCUACAGCCGGCCUGGGGACAGCGACCGCUCCGGGUGGGGACAAAGAGCCCCAAGGAAAAGUGGGAGCAGGAGCUUGGAGGUGAGCGCAGGGAGCCCCACUCGCCGCUUUUGACGCUACCUCGGAUCUCCGUUUCUUCUGGGGCAGGCGGAGGCAAGUGUCCCGUCAGCUCUAGGGGACAGCCACUGUCCCUUGAGACUGCUGGAGUCCUCAGCACCUCUCCAGGACUCCAGGGGAGGCUGUGGUCAUGGUGAAUGAAGAUCCCAACCAGCAGGAGCGCGAUGACACCCCUGCGCCGGAGUCCCCCCUCCAAGAGGACCCCAGCGUCUCAGCCCAACCCAGCGUCUCCACCCACCCCAGCGUCUCCAUCCACCCCAGCGUCUCUGCCCACCCCAGCAGCUCGACCCACCCCAGUGCCUUGGCUCAGCCCGGCGGCUUGACCCAACCCUGUGGUUCCAGCCCCGAAAACCUCAGCGUGAUCAAGGUGAGCAGGCGCCGUUGGGCUGUGGUCCUGGUGUUCAGCUGCUACUCCAUGUGCAACGCCUUUCAGUGGAUCCAGUACGGCGCCAUCAAUAACAUCUUCAUGAACUUCUACGGGGUCAGCGCCUUUGCCAUCGACUGGCUGUCCAUGUGCUACAUGCUGACCUACAUCCCUCUGCUCCUGCCGGUGGCCUGGCUGCUGGAGAAAUUCGGCCUGCGCACCAUCGCCCUCACCGGCUCGUUUCUCAACUGCUUGGGGGCCUGGGUGAAGUUGGGCAGCCUGCAGCCACACCUCUUCGCGGUCACCGUGCUGGGCCAGGUCAUCUGCUCCGUGGCCCAGGUCUUCAUCCUGGGCAUGCCCUCCCGCCUGGCUUCUGUCUGGUUCGGGGCUAAUGAGGUUUCAACAGCCUGCUCCGUGGCUGUCUUUGGCAAUCAGCUUGGAAUUGCGAUCGGGUUCUUGGUCCCUCCUGUUUUGGUACCAAACAUCGAAGACCGGGACAAGCUUGCCUACCACAUCAGCAUCAUGUUCUACAUGAUAGGCGGUGUGGCCACUCUCCUCUUCAUCCUUGUCAUCAUCGUAUUCAAGGAGAAGCCUAAACAUCCCCCCAGCAGAGCCCAAUCCCUGAGCUAUGCCUUGGCGUCCCCUGAUGCUUCAUACUUAAGUUCCAUCAUCCGGCUCUUCAAAAACCUCAACUUUGUGCUGCUUGUCAUCACCUAUGGUCUGAAUGCUGGUGCUUUUUAUGCCUUGUCCACUCUGCUGAAUCGUAUGGUGAUCUUGCACUACCCGGGUGAGGAGGUGAAUGCUGGAAGAAUCGGCCUGACCAUCGUCAUUGCAGGAAUGCUCGGAGCUGUGAUCUCAGGCAUCUGGCUGGAUAGGUCCAAAACCUACAAGGAGACAACCCUGGUGGUCUACAUCAUGACUCUGGUGGGCAUGGUGGUGUACACGUUGACCUUGAACCUGGGACACCUGUGGGUAGUGUUCAUCACUGCCGGCACAAUGGGCUUCUUUAUGACUGGCUAUCUCCCCCUGGGAUUUGAGUUUGCUGUGGAGCUCACGUACCCGGAAUCAGAAGGCAUAUCAUCUGGGCUCCUCAAUGUGUCUGCACAGGUAUUUGGAAUCAUCUUCACCAUCUCCCAGGGCCAGAUUAUUGACCACUAUGGAACCAUGCCUGGGAACAUCUUCCUGUGCGUGUUCCUCACCCUUGGAGCGGCCCUCACUGCAUUCAUUAGGCCAGAUCUCCGGAGACAGAAAGCAAACAAAGAAAUUCCUGAGAAAAAACUCGAGGAGGAGCAGAAAGGGGGCGAUACCAGCAAGGUGCCCAUCGCUGUAUUGGAGGAUCACCUCUGAGAGGGAAAGGUGGCGACGACCCAGGGAACGUGAACACCCCUCCUCUUCCUCCAGCACAGCUCUCACUGCCAGCACAAAGGCCUUCGCUGGAGAAGCUUUUGGAGGGAACCAGCUGGAAUAUCUGUGGCUUGGACAAUGGUGCCUAUGCCUUCUGGAACCUACUCAAGAGCUUGGAUGAUUUAGUUGGGGAAAAUCGCACGUUUCACCAAAUACAGCUUCAAUUCCUGCCUCUACCCCCUUUUAGGUUAUGGGAGCUGGUGUUGGGAGAGGCUGGUGGAGAAAUCCUAGCUUGGUCCCUUGCCUUCCCUUUCACCUUCAUCCCUCAAGGAGAAUGACUGCAAAAUUUCCACAGGAAGAAAGCUUAUUCAGGAUAUUAACUUUUUCUAGUGCCUUCAGACCCUCCCACGAAACCCAGCUGUAAGAAGCGCAAGCUGCUCUGCCUGGGGGUCAUUCCUGGGCCAUCAGUCUGACCGCGUUCUGUGGGAGAGGAAGCUCCAUAAGAACAGCCCCCUGAGAACAGCUCCACCAGGACUCUUGGGCCUAAAUUCUCCUGGCCUAAUGUUGGAGUCUGUCUCCAAUCCCUCUCUCCUAAGAGCUGAUCAAACCAAACAUCAAUAAACUUGCCGAAAACAUCACCGUGGCCAUGAAGGAGAAACUGAUUUGGGAGGGCUAACUACCUAGGUGUGAUAGUGCUGGGGCCCCCUUUCCUAGCAUGGUUGUGGAGGCCAAUAUUUAGACACUCUGGUAGCCUGAUUGGGAAUGGGAAGGUUCUUCUCUACAAAGAAGUACUUGCCCAGGAACUUCUGUGUGUCACAGUCACCUCGGAUGCCUUUAUUUGGAUGCUGCAUUGGGAAACCCAGCCAUCAGCCCGAGUGCUUGUUUUAUCCUGAGGGGGGCAAUCCCAGCCAACUCACCCUAACUUUUACUAAUCUUAUCUUGACUCAUUCCACUGACAAUUCCAAAGGUGCUUCUGAGAGGUAAGAGGAAAGGCGUAGAAGGAAAGAUGCCCUUUGAAAUGGAAAUUGAGUCUGCUUGAAUCAAGCUUAUCCCACCUCUGCUGGGGACAGUAUUUGCACACCCAGCCCCUUUCCAUUCCCUUCUAGCAAUAACCUUUAUCAGACAUUCUAAAUUUAAAGGAAUUCCUUUUAAACUGACUCAAACUGACUUCCUUUCCUGCUGUCUCACUCUAUUAAUGGGCUUUGAUAGUAUCUCUUGAAAAUAAGAGAAUUUUUGGUAAUUUCUCCUAUGCAUUGAGCAGCUGUGAUCAUGACCACUGUGCCAUCUUGCUUUGGCCACUGCCCUGGCCUCAGCAUAUCAGAGCAGCCUGUGCAGGUUACAGUACUGCGGUGCUUGGGCCACUGCCCCUGAGGGUAGCCAGGUGUGUGUGUGUAUGUAUGUGUGUGUGUGUGUGUGUGUGUGUGUGUGUGUGUGUGUGUGUACAUAUUCGAGCAAUGGAUGGGAGGAACAUACUGUGUAAUAAAAGAAGUUCACACUACUUUUGGUGGAAGGAGUGAGUGAGGGCUGGAAGAGAGAUGAAAAGUGGGUAUGUCCUACUUUUUUGAUAAGGAGACAGAUGUUUACUCUUCCACCCCUCAAAAUGUAUUAAUGUUUACUGAACCCAUUGCUUUAUUUUAAAAACAAUUUGUAUUUUCUAUUUGUCAUAUCAGAUGUUUUAAGGCAAUAAAAGAUUCUCAGAGUG